CCUCCUGCACGCGAGUCAUGCCUGUGCCGUGGAGAACCGGCCGUCUCCUGUCAUCAGUGGCCGGUUCUUUUGCGAGGCGCCUUCGCUCCCAGAGAAGGACCUGUUCAACUGCUUCAACCGCCCAGCCGGUAAUCGCUGCCAAGGAGCCCUUCCGGGUAGACCUAGAAGCAGGGAAGCGUUACGCCUGGUGUGCCUGCGGCCACAGCAAGAAACAGCCUUUCUGCGAUGGCUCCCAUAAAAAAGCCGCCCCGCGGAUCUCUUCCCUGAAAUUCAAACCGGAAGAAGCGAAAGAGGCCUGGCUCUGCGGGUGCAAAUGCACGAGGAACCCUCCAUACUGUGACGGCACCCAUAAAGAAGACUUUGUGCAGAAAGCUGAGCUUGGUUCCCAUCCACAGUCAUGAAGCAGAAGGAGGGGAGAACUCUUCAUGGAUCCUGAGAAGUUUGGCAGGGGCAGGGCUGUGGAUCUGGUCUCCCCAGGCGUUCUCCUGGGUCACCCUCUCUUGCUGAAACGCUUGUUCUUGGGUUUCCGUGAAGGGUGCCGAGGACACUAUGCUGGUGGGUGGUCAUCUGACGUGUCACCUCGUGGUUUGUGA